ACCAAGGCCCAAGCAUCCUUACCCUCGGGGGUAGCGUAGUUAUUAUGCUUUCAACUCAAUCUAUAUUUAGUGAUUUCACUUUAAGAUUUGAAGUUUCAUCUCCUCCAUCUAAUAUUAAGAAGGUGAUUCCAACAAGCGUGUUGACUUGGCAAUCGGGAAGAGAUCAAUGUAUUUCCCAACAACAGGAUCUGUGUUCUAUUCAAGACAUAUGCAAACUUUCCUUCCGUCCUUAUUAUGGUGUUGAAGAUGGCCAUGUUUGGUCCCCAAUAUUGGAUGGGGAAAACGACUGGGUGCUCGUUGGUGCCUCUGGUGGGAGGAUUUGUGGUCGAUAUAGUUCGUUGGUUGAUCGGGGCAAUGUUGGGGUGAUGGGGGUGAAUAAUGAAUCAAGUGGACAGGAGCAUUUUAACAGAAGCACGGGCCCUUUAUAUUGUUGCGAUGUUGACCCAACAAUACAAAACAUUUUUCAACAAAACACAACAAACAAUAAUCAAUCUAUGGUUUCUGUUUUGGUAAAAGUUGUAAUUUUCAGGAUAAUUCAAAAUGGCAGAAUAUUUGAAAGGUACCUCAGGCAAGGAAUGGAUGAAUUUCCCAACCGCACCUCUCCAGUUACUUGGCGGAGGGGUAACAUUUAUAGCGACAGCGCGUUAUCAUUCUCGCUGUGGUCGUCACGCACGGAUACUUACACACAAGCUAUUUACUUCUGCUCAAAAACCGCUCGCAGUUUUUUAAGCUCGCCACUCCAAGUGCAUUCCAUUUCUAAUGAACAAUGUGUGGACGGUUGGGAAACAAUGUUUAUAUUAUACGCUUCCAAUCUUCCAAAUACUACACAAAUAUAUGUAGGAAUUAGUGACUACCCACCAUUUCAAACCUACUUAACUCUAAGUUCAAGAUAUCAAAGUUAUUCUUCCCCACGAAGCUUUUCCUUCCAAGCCAACACCAACAACUCCCAAUCAACAAACUUGUCGAUAUCUCAAGCGCUCAAUUUGGUGCAAAUCAACCAAAGAUGCGAUGGAACGCCUCAAGUACUUGUAGCACCAGUAGUGAUACAGUCACCCAACUACCCACUUUAUUAUCCAAGUAACACCAGAUGUGAAUGGAUGAUACGGAGAUCACAAAGGGACAUUGAAGCUGGCAACAAACUUCUUCUGCGCGUUGUUAGUUUACAAAUGGAAACUCUACCGAACUGCGUCAACGACUAUCUACGUAUAUUUACCACCACAUACAACGAUGUAACACAAACUUUCGAAAACCGAAGACUCGUGCGCCAAAUUUGCAGCCACCAGGGCGGCGACAUCGUGCUCUCCCAAGAUUCCUUGCUUAUCGUGUUUCAUUCUGACUCUUCGAUCGAGUCGUCCGGUUUUCACCUCGACUUAAGGAGCAUUAGUGACUCUUGUGGGGGCAGUGUAUUAACAGACGGGACGAUUAUAUUUUCCCCCAACUACCCAAAUAGAUAUUCACCAGGGUUACAAUGUAUAUGGACGAUAACUGCCCCAUCUUCUUACUAUUAUGUGGAAGUGGAAUUUACAAAGUUGCAGCUGAACGAUUCAGAAGGUUGCAGAUUAGAUUACCUUGCCAUUCAAGCGGGUAAUACUUCACAAAGACUAUGCGGAAUCAAAACAAACUCGCCAAGAUUGCAGUUCAACCAAAGCAAUCUUACUCUGACCUUUCGCACACGUCUGCGGAGGAAUAACCCAACCACUGGGAAGGGGUUUUCAGCUACAGUUCGUUUCCUGCCCAGAUAUGGGCGUGCAAGGCCCUCAGAGUGUGGGGUGCAAAGUAUUUUACCUUUCGGGGUAGGAGGGCCAAACACAGAUAGAAUAGUUGGAGGCAGUGAAGCCAUCCCUGGAAGUUGGCCUUGGCUUGUGAGGAUACGAGAAGCAAACUGUGGGGGAGCUCUGUUGAGUGACAGAUGGAUACUCACUGCAGCUCAUUGUUUGGUCGGCACGGCACCAAGAAGCAUCAGAACUUACGACGUCAACGCAACAAUCUUCAGCGCCUUGAUGGGCAGACACGAUAUUCAACUUCCAUCAAUAAAUGAACAAAUCUUAAGGAUUAGCAAAGUUGUCAUACACCCAGAGUAUCGACGCUUCUACCCAUCUAGAUCUCGUCCGUUUGCAUUUGGAGUCAGUGGUGUCCCAUUGAACGAUAUUGCUUUAAUCAAACUUUCUACACCGGUUGUGUUUACGCCCGCAAUUCACCCUGUGUGUUUGCCCAACCAACAUGUCAGCGUAGGAUAUCUAUGUGUGGUGGCAGGAUGGGGCAGCAGAGGAAGCCAGAGAUUCUCAAGAAGAACGCCGCUACAUUUUGCGCAAGUUCCCAUCCUCGACAAUGAUAUUUGUUCCUCGUGGCCGGCACUUCAUGGAGCUGUGACUUCAACCAAUCUUUGUGCAGGUUAUCCUGGUGGGGGUGUUGAUUCUUGCUGGGGAGAUUCUGGGGGACCCCUGAUGUGUAGAGGGGGUGAUGGGGUCUAUUAUUUGCACGGGGUAGUUAGUUGGGGCAAGGGAUGUGGAAAACCAAGACAACCGGGAAUGUACACCAAAGUUCGAUCCUAUAUUGAUUGGAUUCGUAGAACAACUACAAACGAUUAAACAAAUGUUGGCUGAUUAUCGCCAAUUGUUUUUUUUAAAUGUUGCCCUUUAUGUCACAAUAGGUGUGAUGUAACAUUGUGUAUUGUGUCGUGUAUCAUUGUGUCGCAACGCCAGGUAAAGGUGGAAGAAAUUAAAUACAUCUGUAGACGAACGUA